AUGUCGGAGGCUUUAGGAAUCGACGAGCAUGACCUGAAGGCGCAAAAUCCGCGCUUUCUGCUCCGACAACCUCGUGCGCUUCAAUGGUUUGAGCACGGUCGCUUGGUCAAGCGUCAUGACGAGGAAAGACAAGCUGGUCGCUUUGAACUAUUCCUCGACUUGCUAUACGUCGCGAUCUUAUCUAACUUCGCGGAUUUCCUCGCGGAGGACAUUUCGGGCGCAAAACUUGUCAAGUACAUAGUCAGCUACCCCCCCUACACGCAGAGCUCCGUCCCGAUCAUGCGGCAACUAACCGCGAUAUGUCUACAGUUAGUCUUGGCUCCAUCAUGGCACAUAUGGAGCGACAUUCGCGAAUUGAUGAACUCGUUUUACAAUGAUGACCUCCUUCAACGCCUCCUAAUUCUCUGGCUAAUGGCAGUGCUUGUCGUUUACGGAAACAAUGCUCCUCUGGUUGACGAAGAUAUCGGCGCCAUGCGUGCAGCAGUCGGUUCCUACAUGGUCGCCCGUGUAACGAGCAAUCUUGCGCAUCUUGUCUUCUCUUUCGCAAGCUAUCACCACCGUCGGCAACAGCGGCUGUGGUUCGUUCUUUCGACAAUAUGCCUGUGUAUCUAUAUUCCUCUCUACUUCGAGGAUAUAUCGUUUCGAGGCAAGAUCGCGGCUGCUGCGGUCGCGGUAUCACUGGAGGAAAUCACUUGGAUUUUCUGCUAUAGUCCCGCGGCGAAGAAGUUGCUUCACGUGAAGUAUUCAACUGCUGUGGAUAUUGCACAUGAGAUUGACCGCUUCGCGGCGUUCUAUAUUAUUGUUCUGGGUGAAUUUCUUUAUCUCAUUGUCAAGGGCUCGAAUGCCGCUGUCGGAUUUAAUGAGGGCCUCCUGCGUGCUAUCUGGACUUUGAUCAUUGCUUUCUGCUUGAAUUGGCUGUACACACAUGCCGAUGGGUCUAUGGAAAGCAUUCACCCACUGCGACACAAUAUUUACACCGCAUUCUCCUUCGCCAUGAUUCAUCUACCACUCAUUGCUGCCCUUUUAGCAGGUGGGCACGUCGCAGCGGCCUCGGUAGCUGAAGAAGACUUCGAGGACGCGCAGCGGUGGUUGCUUUGCGAAGGCCUUGGUGUGGGAAUGAUGUGCCUAUAUUUCUUUGCUCUGAUCCAUGCCUGCCAAGAUGAACCAGGCACAUUAUUGAUGACAAAGCACGUUCGCAUCAUAAUGCGCCCGAUCACCGGUCUCAUCACUAUUCUACUUCCACUUGCCCACCAUCUCAACGCCACGGAGAUUCUUUCAAUCAUAAUGGCAAUGUAUGUGGCCUGCUUGGUUUGGGAAACUGUCGGUUCGCUCAAGAAGGGGGCUUGCUUCUUUGAACGUUGGACCGACAUCGAUUAUCCUGAAACUCACCAACAAGAAGAGGGACCUAAAGACAAUGAUGCCGCGAUGCCCUAG